GAAGCUAGAGCCUUCAUAUUGCUUUGUUUUGAGCCUGAUCCAACAAAGCGUGCAACAGUUGCAGACUUGCUUAGAGACUUCUUCCUCAAGCAAGCCAAUAAAGGCAAGAAAAGUAAAAUUGCAUUUAAACCCUCAGAUUACAACCGCAGCACAUCUCUACCACUACCAGUGCCGGGAGAGCUGGCAGGCAGCAGCAGCAGUGAACAUGGAUCGGUAUCACCAGACUCAGAUGCAAAGCACGAAAUAUUCUUUGAAAAGGCAAAAAGAUCCAUUUCUGAAACUGCUUCUAGUAAAGCUACAACUACCAAUUUAAGUGUGCCAGAUGAUGGUUCAGUGUCA